GUAAAGCAAAGUUGGCAGUUUAAUCUGCUUACAAACUGUUUGGUGUAGCAGAAGCCAUGCAAUCUACCAUGUAUAUAACACAACUUUAAAUCACAUUCAAAAAACCUUUUAUGUAUUAAACGCGAUAAACGCAUUCUUCUUACGGUCUCUCAUGCUUCAUAGAGGUGCAUUCAUUGACAGUGACAUUUUUACUGUUCACAUUCGAUGAGUCAGCUUUAUGAUUCUUCUUCAUUCUGAGACUAGCAGAAAGUGCCAUAAGGCCGACAGCAGGCAAGAUGAAGAUGAUGACAUUCUUCAUCGUGGGACUCAUGGUCCAUGUAGUCUUCUUUCUCUCAAUAUUUGACAUCUAUUUCACAUCCCCACUUGUCCAUGGAAUGACACCACAGCGUAUCCCUCUGCCCCCUCCAGCCAAGCGCUUGGUGCUCUUUGUGGCAGAUGGUCUGCGAGCUGACAGCCUCUUUAAGCCAGACGACUAUGGGACUUUCAGGGCUCCUUACCUAAGGACUGUGAUUGAAAAGGCUGGUACAUGGGGAGUGUCACACACACGAGUGCCCACAGAAUCACGUCCAGGUCAUGUGGCUCUUAUAGCGGGCUUUUAUGAAGAUGUUAGUGCUGUUGCCAAGGGCUGGAAGGAGAAUCCAGUGGAAUUUGAUUCUGUUUUUAAUGAAAGCAGACACACCUGGUGUUGGGGAAGCCCUGAUAUAUUACCAAUGUUUGCCAAAGGAGCCAGUGGAGACCAUGUGUAUACUAACACUUACCCUCCAGAGCGAGAGGACUUUGCUUCUACAGAUGCAUCCAGGCUUGAUACCUGGGUUUUUGAUGAAGUGAAGGCCUUUCUCGUUGCUUCCAAAAACAAUAAAACUCUGCUGAAUAAAUUACAUGAAGAACAGAAUGUGUUUUUCCUUCAUCUGUUGGGGAUGGACACCAAUGGCCAUGCCCACCGGCCUAUGUCAAAGGAGUAUCUGGAGAACAUUGGCCUGGUUGAUGCUGGUGUAGCUGAGAUUGUUGGACUGAUGGAGGACAUUUAUGGGCAUGAUGGAAAAACAGCUUAUGUUUUUACAUCUGACCAUGGCAUGACGAAUUGGGGCUCUCAUGGUGCAGGACACCCAUCAGAGACGCUGACUCCGCUGGUGGCAUGGGGCGCUGGGGUUCAGACAUCACAGCAGGCUGUCUCUCAGAAUUACGACGAUCAUUAUCUACAAGAAUGGGGAUUAGAAAUGUACAGGAGAGUGGAUGUCAAUCAGGCUGAUAUUGCUCCACUAAUGUCAUCUCUUAUUGGAGUUCCCAUUCCUUUGAAUUCUGUGGGGGUCUUACCACUAAAUUAUCUCAAUAACAGCCAGCACUUCAAAGCUGAGAGCAUGUAUGCAAAUGCCAUUCAGAUCCUGGAGCAGUUCAGGGUAAAAAUGGCACAGAAGAAAGAAACAACAAUACACUUUCUGUUUACACCCUACCAGCCUCUGACUGACUCUAUGCAGAUGGAUUUUGUACGUCAUGCAAGAGAUUUGAUCAAGAAAGGACAAUUUGAUGAAGCAAUCCAUUAUUGUGAGGGUCUGAUAGCCCAGGCCAUGGAGGGCUUGUCAUAUUAUCACACUUAUGACCGACUUUUCCUGGGCAGCAGUGUUGUUCUGGGUUUUAUUGGCUGGACAUCUUAUGUGGUUCUAUUCAUCCUAAAGACUCACGCUAGCCUACGUAAACCUCCAACUAGCACACACAUGAUAGCAGAAAGGAUUCUAGGCCGGACAUUUCUGUUUAUAGGUCUGCUUGUGACUUUUUUCCUGUGGGUUCAGUCCAGUCCUUGGACCUAUUACAUCUACUGCUUGCUUCCUGUGCCCGUGUGGUACUCCGUUAUAAAAGAAUUUGAAACUCUUGUCGGACUGAUAAGAUCAAUCCCAUCACUACCACUCAGCAAGUGCUUUGGAUACUUUUUGCUGGUCACAUUCGGAAUUGAGUUACUAGUUGUGAGUUUUUUCUAUCGGGCCAUGUUGACUGUGGGGUUGGUUGUUCUUGCACUGUGGCCCAUGCUUUCUGGCCUGUACAUCAAAGCAAAGUUCAGUUCAAUAAGCUGGAUUUUGAGCUGUCUCAGCCUGGCUAUGUUCCCACUGUUGCCUGUGGUGGGACGGGAACCCAAUGUUAACUAUGUAAUUUGUGCUGGAGUGCUGACCCUCUUCAACACUUCCUCAUACCUCUGGUCAUCAUGGAGAUGCUGUCCUCUGAGCAGAAGAGAUUGUCAGCUGCUCAUCUUCCAGAUGUUGCAGGUGGUGUUGUGUGCCUAUACCCUGACCAGUACCCACUCCAGUCUGCAGCUAAAGCAGGGCCUGCCACUCUUCAACCAGCUCCUUAGCUGGUUCACACUUGCUUCCUCAUUUUUUGUGCCGUUAUUGAGUUCCACCAGACUCUUUCAAAGACUGUUGAGCAUUCUGAUGUCCCUAGUGUGUGUCUAUCUCCUCCUGAGCACAGGGUACGAGGCUCUCUUCCCUCCAGUAUUAUCAUGGCUCAUGUUUGCAUGGAUCAGUGUUGAGCAGGAAGCCAUUAACACUCAAGAUUGGUCCAACAGGACUGAGCUCUCCAGCAUGGAUUUUGCUGAAAAUAUUGACAUUACUAAAAUCAGGCAGCUAAGGCUGGAUGACAUUCGGAGAUCCUAUUUCUUUGUGUUUUUCAUAAUAAUUGCAUUCUUUGGUUGCGGAAACAUUGCCUCUAUCAACAGUUUUGAUCCAGCUUCUGUGUACUGUUUUCUGACCGUCUUUAAUCCUUUCAUCAUGGGUGGUCUACUGAUGUGGAAGGUUUUAAUUCCCUUUUUAAUUGUGAUGUGCACAUUUGAAAGCAUACAAGUGUCAACACAGCUCUCCUCACGAAGCCUAUUCCUCGUCGUGCUUGUCAUCUCAGACUUGAUGGCACUGCACUUCUUUUUCUUAGUAAAGGAUUAUGGAAGCUGGCUUGACAUAGGCACUAGUAUUAGUCACUAUGUCAUCGUAAUGUCAAUGACCAUCUUCCUUAUGUUGCUGAGCAUCAUGACCCACAUCUUAACCUCCAAGAGAAUCCACAUUGGACUGAAAAGAAAGAUGCACUUCAGAUGAGGAUGGCUUAACACUGUCCUCCUAAUGUUCACAAGGUGCAAGAAACAAACAAACAAAAGAAACCAUUUUACACUGCAAUGAUAUCAGUUAUAUCAGUGUUACUUAAGACUAAUGACUCUGCAUUUAAUGGGAAGAUUGCAUCUGCUAGGUGGAAUUAAAAGAAGAAAAGUUAUUUGUUUUGAUACAUGCACUCAAUGUAUCAUGCACAUUGCUGCCACAUUUAGUUCUGUGGCUAUAGGUGGAAACUGGCACACAGCUUGCUGCUGUUUAUAUCUCUGUGAUCUCUGUCCUAUUUUCUUUUUUAAUAAAGGCACAAUUAAAUGUGUCUCAGUGUAUGUUCUGUAUUGCUGAUUUAUGUCAAAGGUGUGGAAAAUCACUAUCUAAAUCUCUGAUGAUGUUAUGGUAAAUGUGUAGUUUUUUAAUAGUGUAUUUUAAUAUUAUUUGACCAUUAUUUAUAUAAUAAACAUUUACAU